AUGCAAGACAAUAAUAAUUCACAUUGGAGUGAGGGUUUGAGAUUUGUGCAACUCAUGAAAAACAGAGCUUUUCACGCUGGUAUUAAGCAAUCUCCUUAUGAGGCACUUUUUGGGUGUAAAGUAAAAGUUGGUUUACAGUUACCCAAUGAUUUCACGCAAAAUGUAGAAACUGAAGAUGAUUUGGAGAAAAUUAUACAGGACCUUACCAAAAAAGAAGAAGAUCCCGAAGUCACUGCAUGUGCAGUCUGCAGUCUGCAGGUGAACACGGAGGCAAGUCAAGUUUCUAACAACGAUUCAGAUCAACGCGAAACAAAUACGCAACCUCCAGCUUGCACCCUCCAAUGCAGCGUCUGUUCACAAGAAACUACAGAGGCUCAUACAUGUAGAGAAUGUGGAUGUGCAAUCCACGCUAUUUGCGCUGUUGCUGAAGAAUCAUCUGAUGAAGGAUUUGGAUCUAAAGUUUUGUGUCUAUUAUGUUCAAAAAAAGUCGCUCGCGUCCGUAGGCUUUGA